GCUAGUCUGGUACCUAGUGUGAACGAAAACACGCUCAAAAUCCAACGUCCAUAUUUUGGCCUCGCUAUCGAGUGCGAACACGCCCAAUCUGCACAAGCGACAGUAGCAUCCAUACAACAGGGAUUGAAAUCAAAUUUAUCCCAGAAAGCCCAAAGGCGUAAUUUGGAGUUGUUUCUUACCAGUUUAUCGUGAGUUUUCCACCAUCGAGAAUUCGUCAUGGGCGAGUGGCAGCAAGGCCUGUUUGGCUGUUUCUCCAAUGUUGGGUUGUGCUGCAUAACCUGGUUUGUACCGUGCUACGUGCACGGUAAGAAUGCCGAGGCUGUGGGUGACGACUGCCUGCUGUGUGGCCUGUCCAUCUUUGUGCCUUUCCUCAAUUGGUACACGCUCUUCGUGGUCCGAGGCAAGAUUCGAGAGCAGCGUGGUAUUGAAGGAGAUCAGACCAACGACAUCUUGGUCACCUUCUGCUGUACUCCGUGUGCUUUGGUGCAGGAAGGGGCAGAGAUGCGCAAUUCUACGGGCCUGGGAAUAGGCCAGUCUAUGGCUCGUGUUUAACAUUGAUCAGCAUGCCCUCCUCAUUCAGUGCGACGUUGAUCAAUCUCGUACCGCACCAAAAUGAUUAUACAAACUUCCCAACUUCAUCUCACUAUAACUCACCGAAGAGUCAAAGGAGUGGCUAUCUUAGAGACAACCCCACCGUCAUAGGGAUGCAUGGAUCCCCACCCAGUCUCCAAGUCUUACAACCAUUAUUGACAAGGAUGUGCAUGUGCUUGCUGCUCCGCAAGACCAAAUGAACAUGAUCCUUCUAUCAGCUAGUGGUCAUCAAGGAUCGGAACCACCUCAGAUUGUUGCCACAUUAGCAAGAUGCCUUCCUUCAUUUGGAAAGUUGCUACAAGCUUAACAGAAUACAAGUCAUGUCCUCCGAACGUUGAAGCUAGCCUUCACACCGACACCAACCAACAACGUUCUCCUUUCGAUGAUACGCCGGCUCAGCUGAAUAGUUCAUCAGAGUCAAGUUGGCCUAACUAAUGUAACUCAAAAGUCACCUUUUGGGAUUUCUCUACUUUUAAAAAUGAACAACUUCAUUGCAUAACAAAUUAACAAACGUAGAUAACCACACACCGAGUUUUAGUGAUUGUGUUUUGAUAUUGUCAAUGAAUCAUAUUAUUUUUAGAUUAUACUGCAGAUUUGCAUGGGAUACAUUGGAAAUAUGGAGGGCGUUGCAUAAAGACCGGUCACAUGGUUUAUGCAUUGAGGAAUGCUAACAGAUUUCUAUAUGAUUAAGGUGGAAAUUAAUUCGUGUAAAAAACAGUUACUUUUGCCCAGCGCAUCGGAAUGUAAACACCCAAAACCAAACAACAACAACAGUAGAACUUGUAGAAGUAGCAGUAGUAAUAUUAGUCAGCAGUUAUAACUGAACUGAAAAUCACAACAAUGAAUUGGAACAUGAAAAAAAGUGUUACUUGAUAUAAUCUUGUAGUAUUGCAACCGAUGUAUGAAAAGUAUGACACACCAAAUGAAACACAGGCCCCUAAGCAUCUUAUGUCGAGUGUGGAAACGGGAAUUCCAAAAAGUCCCAAGUAUUGUUUCUUCUUUUUCUUAUAUUUUGUAUCCAAGAGCCUCAAAGGCUUUUAUCGCUAUUAAUGUUUUUUGGGUCGUGUAAGAAUAAAAUAUUUUACACGAUGGAGAAUGGUUGAACAACAUUUUUUUUAUGCUGCUGAAAUACAUCUCGAAAAACGCACCUUAAUAUAAAAUUUAUAUUAACCACUCGUCUGAUAAAAAUCUCCGGGAUAAAUGUAACACUGCAGCUUUGCAGUAUAUAAACUAGAACUUCACAGCAUGUUUAAUAAUCGUAUAUAGAGGUGCUUUUUUAUGGAUUUAGAUUUCUUAGUCAUUAUAUAUAAAGGCCUUUUUUGAAACACCAUCUUUCCUAAGACUAGACUAGAUAGGCACUGAACACCUGGUGACAAUGUUGCUAUACUUUUGUCGACUUACAAUCAAAGAAACUACAAAAAAAUAAACAACGUAUGGACAUCCUCCGCCACAUCAUUGUGACGCCGUUUGUCAUUCAUUCCAUUUAAAUGACAUACCUUCUUUGCAAAAAGACCAACAACCAAAGCAGAGCCGUUAAGCCUUCGAGUCAGAAUAUUGUGCAGUGUGAAACCUUUCUAAAUUAAAGUGAUUAUCUUCAACAUUUGAUUUAAGAAAAUUCGCAUGUUCUCAUGAUAAGAGUUCUAAACUUGUUGACGUGCUUAAUUGAUACUUUAUGCUUACAUGACACCUUUCGUAAUUGUUUCUAUUGUUUUAUUACACUGAGUUGAGAAAUACACUAAGAUUGAGACCAAUCUAGACUGACGAAAUGUGGUCUUUUAGUAAAGUUUGUAGUGUCUUGAUUUUAAAAACUGCACUAGUUCGUCCUUAGUAUACCUUUUGUAUUUUCACUAAGUUUGCAUAAUGAAACAGGGAAUAAAUGGGAGGUUUUCCUAUAGUGAGCAAAAGAAAUGAUUGAAUAAAUAGAUUUCUUAAUUGUGAUUUAAUUGA